AUGACUAUUCCAUGGUACUAUUUGGAGAGACCAACUCGUGUGAUUUUGUUGAGGUGUUACUAUGCACUUUGUGCCUGUAGCUAUCCAUUAUUUGUCGGACUGAACUGGAAAAGUUAUGUGCCUUCUAGAGCUGAGGUAAAUCUAGACUCUUUGAGACAUCUGGUUCUUAACAAAGCGAUUAUCAAUUUUUUUAGGUUUUAG